AUGGCUUCUACAAUGCUUGCAUCUUUCCCUGGCGCUGCUACCAGCUACACAACCUCCCAUCUGAAUAAGGACCCGGCUCCAUUACUGGCUGAAAAUGACAACUAUACAUUUGAGCAGCUGGUUCAUGACUUGAGAAGCUACCUGGGUAGCUCUCGAGGCAUUGAUGGCGAGAAUGUCGACCACAAGGUUCUGAUUGCCUUCAUGUCCAAAUACGCUUCCAAUCCCAAUGACUGGUCACGAUUUGCACGCAACGAUGUGAGCAAGAACUAUACUCGCAACCUGGUGGAGGAUAUCAAUGGUCGUGCCAACCUGUUGGUUCUGGUCUGGAACCCCCAAAAAGGCUCGCCCAUCCAUGAUCACGCAAAUGCUCACUGCAUCAUGAAGAUUCUCGGGGGAGAAUUGAAUGAAGUGAUAUACGAUACGCCAGAUCCCGCACGAGGCCAUGAUGCGCCUUUGACGGUCAAGCAAGAGACGACGUACAAGACCGAUGAAGUUGCGUAUAUCUGUGACCAGAUCGGACUGCAUAGGGUCAUGAAUCCCCAGAAAGAUCAGGUUGCUGUUUCUUUGCACUUGUAUACGCCGCCCAAUGCUGCGGACUUUGGGUACAACAUCUAUGAUCGCGAAACUGGUCGGAGCAGCCAUGUUUAUCAGGCGUCCUAG